AUCUACCUAUCCCCGUCACUCUCUCGAUAGACGAGUCGCUCGUGUCCAAAAACGCGGCCGCCACUGGAUUCUUCAUAGCACAGCAGCUGCUGUGGACUUCUUCCCAUGCUGGGAGGUGGGCAAUAGACAUGCGAAGUCGAUUACAGAAGUAUCGAAAAUCCCAUGGUUCUUCUAAAUCGAUAGACAUAUCCAUCAACUCUACGGACAAAGACCUAGGAGACGCCACCCGACAAACACCAGCAUCACAGCCCGGCGAACCACCAUAUUUACCAAAUGCACCGUCAACCCCGAGCCCUACAACUGCCAUUACCUCUUCCCGAAGCGUGAAUCGUCUCCAAAACAACCACGCUACCCUCAGCUCCCCAACGCCUUCCUCACAUGCGACUCCUACCAUGGUUCAGACCAUCCGCACCGUACCCAGCUUCGGAGACCCCAGCGACACCAGUUCCGACGCCCCCUCUCGUACCUCGCCCUUCUCCAGCUCGGUCAACAGCAACGCGAGCAGAAUCACCAUGUCGUCGUCCCACCAAGAAAGAGCCUCAGACGUCCGAUACAGCUCGCAAACGAGCAACGGCGACGCCACAAUACGUGCGAUGGUCUCCCCGAUGAGGCAGGAAUCAGAAGAAAACCCGGGCGCGUGGGACUCGACGAUCGGGAAAGCCGGGUUGGGAAAGACGGGCCGGGUGAUCAACAAGCUCGUCAGCGACAAUGACGCGCUGAAACGCGAAAUCCAACUCGAACGGCUGCGGGCGGACGAGGCCAAGCGGGAAGCCAAGGUGGCGGAGGAGCGGAUGGAGCGCAUGAUCGGCGAGCACGAAAGCCAGCUCCUCGAGGCGUCGGUGACCAAGACACUACUGGCCCGCAAGGAACGGCAGGUCGAGACGCUGAUGUGGGCCGUGGGCCACGAGAAGCAGCGGGCGGCCGAGGCGCUGGAGCGCGAGAGCAACUGGCGGGCCGAGAUGGAGAAGACGCGGGUGGCGACGACGCGGCAGGUCGAAGAGGCCAACACGUACGCGGCGCUCAUGGAAGGGCGGUACAACGCCAUCUCGUCGCACUGGCGGGAGCAAGGCGAGGAGGUGAAGCGGGUCCAUCGGAAGCUCAGGGGGGAGAUGGACGACCUCGUGGCGGAGAGGCGGCGCGACGACGAGAAGAUAUCGACGCUCCAGGAGCUCUGCGACCAGCAGGACGGCAACAUCCGCGAGCUGAAGCGGCAGCGGGACGAGAUGGAGGCCAAGUUCGAGGAGUACAAGCGUCAGCAGGAGGAAGCGCUGUCGGACAUCAAGACCCACGCGGCGGAGAGGGAGGCCGAGCAGGAAAGGAUGCUCCAGGAGACGAGGGAUGUGCUGAACAAGUUGAAGUGGGCACUGAACGUGAAAGAGAACGUCAAGGAUGCGGGCUGAAGAUGGCCGUCAUCUUCCCUGGCGUUCCACCCUGUUUUUUCUUCCCCUCCUCACGACUCACGACAACAACCAAGGUUAUAGAAAAGAGAGA